GCACAUGUUUGCUACUUUCUGUGGCAUACAUUGUCAUUAUUUUUCCUGUGAAUCACUCUUUCUGCUCUCAAUAUUUUCUGCUCUGUUUUUUUUUCAAUGAAUAAUCUGACUCUUGCGCAAUUGUUAGACAAUAAGAAAACGUGCUCUUUUCUAUGUUUCAACGACACAGUUCGUUUAUCGUCUCUACCCUUUUUGGUUGACAUUGGUAAACGAUCUCUCAUCGAUGAGCGCAAUGUUAUUGUCGUCUUGACAGAAACGUCUCCGAAAGCUUGGCGCAGCUAUUUCUCCAAGGAUAAGCUACACAAUAUGUUUGUUAUCGACUGUUUUUCAGAUCCACAAGGUUGGGAUGAAGACACAACAGCACAAGAUCCGCACACAGUUAUUGUUAAAAACUUAAACUUACAGCAGAUGGAGAAGUUGAUUUUACAACCGAUCAUCGAAAUUGUCAAUACCUCAGCCAGUUGCACAAUACUCGUCGAUUCUGUCGUUUCACUAGCGAUGAUCUCGCAACAUAAAACUUAUCAAUUAAUCAAAACACUAGAUUCAUUGACUACAGCAGACACUGUACGCUUAGUACUUGGAUUACACGCGGAUAUGAACUUUACUUCCCCAAACCACAACGGUUUGGCACUCAAAGAUUCUAUCAAUAGAAUGGCUACUGCCGUUGUCUCAUUGGAGGCCUUAAGGGAGCGCACACAUUUUGAUACAACAGCAGCUUUAACUGGGUUUAAGCCUGUUGACACAUUCUCUUAUCUCAAGCUCACAUCCAACAAUGUGUCAAAGGGUGGAAUUGCACGCAUUGAAUGGAAAAAGCGUAGUGGUAAGGUGGUUUUUGAAACAAAUGGGUUCAUCAUGAACGAUAAAACAGGAUUAUUAGAGGUGGUAUCUCUCUCUCGGUUACAGCACGAUGAUGAAUUAGAGGAUGAUGGCGAUAAAGAGGAGGAAUUAUCUGCAGAAACGAUGGAAGCAGAAGCUUUGAAUAAGCUAUCACAAAAUGUCUCCUUCAAACUUACACUGACAGAGAAACAAAAGGAAGUGAAAGAUAGUUUGGUACUGCCUUACUAUAAAGCACAAAACGCCCAUGAUGAUGAACUAGAGGUCGAAAACGAAAGUAAGAAUAAUAGUGCUCUCAUAUAUUACGAUCCUGAUGCUGCAGAUGAUUUUGAUGAUGAAGAUCCCGAUGACGAUUUGGAUAUUUAAAUGAAAAUCAUUAUUACGUUAAUAAGUUUACAACAAAAGAAUAUUCCGACACUAAAUCGAUGCAUUUGAAUCAACUUUGAAAGGGUAAUUUGACAGGGAACUUUUGUUUCGAUACGUUACAUCAUGACACUUCUCAACUGUACAUAGAGUUAAAUUCAGAACGAAGCAAUUUUACAAAUGAUACAUCACCUAUUGAAUAAACCUACGGUAUA